AGUUUAAAACAUUAUGCGCGCUCCUGGUCGAAACGGAGAAGACAGAGAAGUGAAAAGGCGCAAAUAUUUAUCUGUCUGUAAAUUUGUACAUCGUUGAGCAAUAACUAGCUACACAAUGUCUGAAGAAAAGCCAAAGGAAGGAGUGAAAACUGAAAACGAUCACAUCAACCUAAAGGUUGCAGGUCAAGAUGGGUCAGUAGUCCAGUUCAAAAUUAAAAGGCACACUCCGCUCAGCAAGCUGAUGAAGGCGUACUGUGAAAGACAGGGUUUGUCAAUUAGACAGAUAAGGUUUAGGUUUGACGGACAGCCGAUUAACGAGACUGACACACCUGCACAGCUUGAGAUGGAAGACGAGGAUACUAUUGAUGUAUUUCAACAACAGACUGGCGGCUCCUCCCUCUCUGAGGCUCCUCCCUCUCUGAGGCUCCUCCCUCUCUGAGGCUCAUCUUAAAGGUGUACGGACCCCUCUCCUCCUCUCUGAGAACAGAUACACUUGAAGAGCAGCAUCACUCAAAACAUUUUUUAUUUUCAAUAAUCAUUUAGCGUUAUAAAUGUAUUUUUUGUUUGAUUGAUCCGCUUCCCCCCCCCCCCAAGCCCUACAUGUUGUGAGGGGAGGCAGGGAUCUAUUUACAAUGGAAAACCAUGGCGUGAAGAAAGACGGGACUGUUAAGUGGGUUACAUUCACAUUCUCAUUCUCUACUCACUCGUUCAAUCCCCCUUCAUUCAUUGGUGCAGCAUGACUAAAGGGAGGUUCCACCAUACUCCUCACACCAUUCCAUUUAAAUGCAUGAGGUUGAGUGAACGAGUGCACAGGGUAGUGAAUUGGGACGUAGCCAUGAUCACAAGCUGGAUUUCAUGCCACCGAACCAUUUCUUGUUUAUAUGAACUAGAACUGUUUUGAGAAUAUGUAUUUGUUUCACACACAGGGGGUCCAACUGUCCUUCAGAUUCUGACCCUAAUGGCACCCUAUUCCCUUCAUAGUGCACUACUGUUGAAGUGCCCUAAUGGCACCCUAUUCCCUUUAUAGUGCACUACUGUUGAAGUGCCCUAAUGGCACCCUAUUCCCUUUAUAGUGCACUACUGUUGAAGUGCCCUAAUGGCACCCUAUUCCCUUUAAAGUGCACUACUUUUUGACCGAAAGUCGUGCACUAUAUAGUGAAUAGGAUGCCAUUUGGGAUGUACAUCAAUCUACCACAGGUUGAGGUAACACAAGGUCCACUGAUCCUUCUGUUUCUCUAGUGACUUGUAUAUUAUUUUUGUUGUUUUUUAAAAUAUUUUUUACAUUUUGCUAAAAAAUGGGCCAAAUGAUCAAUUUUCUCAUUUCACCCUGUAUGGCCAUACGAUUGAAUAGUGCAUGGCUGUGUCUAGACCAAAUGCUAAAUGAACAGAAAUGUCUCGGUGAUAUGAUUGAAACAGGUAAAGUUUUAAGGUCUAUUUUUAACAUCACUUGAAGAAAGGAUUCAACUUACCUUUUCAGAUGGCUUUCUGUUUAUCCCCCUCUCCACACAGACGGACGGGGAGUAGUUGAGCCGUACUUAGUGGAUUUCUCCCGAAUUUUACCCAUCCCACUGCAUCACUGAUAUUUUAUGACAAAAUAAAAGGGAAUCCACCCAGACUUCAA